AGUCUUGACAACGAGCCUUGUAAACAUUUGGCACCUGCUUGGCAUAGUCUAUAUAUACAAAGCUGGUACACCAUUUGAGCAUACAUUUGAGUAGGAAGCACUUUGAUAAUUUACUUGAAUACACAGAAGAAGAAAGAUGUCGAAAGCACCACCUCAAAAGGAUCCAACCAAUUUUGUGCACCAGAAUGCUAUUCACAGAGAGACAAUUUUAAAGGAAACAAAGCACCAGAAAUUAUAUACAAAUUACAGCAUCAAUCCAUACAACAAAAUGCAUGCAAUUACUGGAAAACCAAAUUCCAUGCAUGACACAGACGAGGGAGAAGAAGACGAACAUUUUCUUAAAGUCAUAAAAAGAGCACAUAUGGAGCCAGUUAGAAAAAAUACAUUCCCACAAACAGAAGCAGAAGAAAUAGGAUGGAUAACAAAACCUAUGAUCGACACAGACAGAAGCGAUAGGAGACUAUAUUUUCCAAGACAAAAUUCUGAAAUAACAAAAUAUAUGGACGCUCUUUGGAGGUACAAAGAACAAACAGAAAACCUGAACUGAAAUGCAUAAAGGACAAUCAUUUGGACUGAUGCACAAGAGACUGAACAUGUAUCAAAACAGUUAAAUAAGACAAAUUUAUGGUUACCUCCCAGGUAACAACUUCUUCCACUAUGGGAAAUCCAGGAUUAAAUGGCACUCCGAAAAACUUAAUGAUUCAUUUUGUAACCCUGGAGUGUAUUGACCCUCUGUACAAGGAAUAACUUGGAAGUUUUAGAUACAGCCUGAUAAAUCCUGUGGUGUCUAGUGGUACUCCUUGUAAGAUUGGGAUUAUGUUGAAAAAGGAAAGCAUGAUACAACCAAGCAAUACAAUGCUAAAACAGCAUUGCUUUUAUUUAUACUGUAUGUUUAAAUUAAUAAACCACUGUUGAUUGUGAACUGAAGGCAUAGUGACAUAAAUAUAUUAUUUUAUUUUAUUUUCAUUUGUUUAAUUAUAUAUGUACAAAAACCCUCAUUAAUGUUAAUUUUUCUCCUUACUACAAUCUUUCAUGGUAUCCU